AUGGCGCGGCGCCCUGGAGCCAGUGAUGAGAGAGCCGAUCAGGGCACUGGUGAUCCUAUGGAGUGGUUCCGCAGCUACAUGCAUGGGGGUACAUCCAGUCUUGUGUCCACCGUUACCACAAUAGUUACAUUUCCCGUCUACAAGACUGUAUUUCGCCAACAGCUGCACAGUACAACGGUGCGUCAGGCUGUCAUCCAGUUGCAUAAGGAGGGUACUCUCAAACUAUACCGGGGCGUGGCGCCUCCGUUAGUGGUUAAGACUCUACAUGGAACGCUUUUGUUCGGUCUCCAGGACACCUUUCUGCAGCAGCUCUCAUCCAGCGUGGGGCACCAUGUCCCUGGGUCUCUCCUUCCUGCCCUGGCCGGUCUGGGGACAGGUGUAGUGGAGGCCUUAAUCUUCACGCCCUUUGAGCGUGUGCAGAACGUGUUGCAGAACAGCGGGAACGACCGCAGUCUACCCACCAUCAGAAGUGUUCUGUCCAGACUCGGUUCAGAACCUUUAGCCAAGGGCUUCUACAGAGCUCUGAUGCCCAUACUUGUCCGCAAUGCCUUAGGCAACAGCUUGUAUUUUGGGUUGAAGAAUCCCAUGCGCACUGUUCUGGGGGAGCACGGCCUGUACCCUGGGCUGUCUUCAUUCAUGUCUGGGGUAAUCAGCUCCGUUGUGAUCAGUCUGCCCCUUUAUCCCUUGUCUGUACUGGUGGCCAAUAUGCAGGCACAGGUCGGUGGGGAAACGCGGAGCACGUUGUUCGUCGCACGUCACAUUUGGGAAUCGCGUCAGCGCAGUGUGUCCCUCUUGUACCGUGGUGGCUCUCUGGUCAUUCUCCGCUCCUGCAUUACAUGGGGAAUAACUACUACCAUUUACGACCAGUUGAACAGACGCAAUGGCUGA